CAGGUAAAAAAAAUACACUAACUCGACGAACCGACAUAUAUAGCCUUUAUAACAAUUUGCUUGGAUUUUAAUCUAAUUUCUAAAGGAUAAUGGUGUUACUAUGACAGUUGACAUGUUGGUAAGCGUAACUUUAAUGCUUUAUCUGUGUUUGUAAGCGCGCUCGGCGCGGCUAUCAAGCCAACUGAACGCCUCUUUGAAAUGCAUGAAACACAUGCAAAGGACGUCUGAUUUGACGAUUAAAGCGAGAAUAAUGAUCAAGAGCUAAGCAAAUUUGAUAUUCUAAGAUUAGUGAUUUAUCGAGAAAAUUUAGAAUUGCGACAUACGCAACCCGAACGCAGCAUCGACGUUAGCGAGCUAGCAAGAGCUUCAAUCGGCUACAUCUGUUCUCAAACCUGCACACACAACAAAGCUGCUUACGUUAUGGGGCUUAUUUUUUAAUGUCAUCAAACAUACCUUGGUGGUCAGACAUUAUGUCGAGCAUUGUCCCCCUUCUCUCCUCCGACGAGCAGGCCUUAUUUUGAUUAUUAGAUCCAAGAACCAGCUAGCUAGCCGGAGCUCAGCAGCGGCCGUCGCGGUGUGUGCCUUCUCCUCUUCCCCGGCGUGGAUGCACCAGGGCAAUAACGGAUGAAAAUAAAAAAUAAACUUCUCACAAAAAACAGUGAAAGUGAAAAGUUGCUGCACGUCCCCUUCGUAAUCCUGCGAACCGCCUUUAAAAGUGUCGCCACACUGAACGAUACGUAGUUUUACUGUCACUCAUGCUGUCUCGUUAAAAAAUGAAUACAAAUGCCAUGCCACCCGUUGAACAUUAAUUUAACACUCAAAUAAGAGUGAUGGAGAGUGGUGACGCAAAGUAAAUAGCCGAUUUUUUCCGUUUUAAUAUUUCGUAGUAAAGAGACAACGCAACGGAUUCGACACACUCCUUCAACUAGUCGGCGCGCGGCAGAAGCCGCUUGGGGGACACAAAGGUUUAUGGGUAUUGCAGUUGUAUUGCCGCGUGAGUAAACAGGAACUCACAGGGUUGGACUACAUUACCCAUGUCUUAUGAGCUCUGCGUGAUGUCGUUGACUCCUUUAGCUUCAUCUCGCCGCGAAGCUGGAUAUGUCACUUUUGGGCAAGAAAUGACAUUUAUUCGUGUUAAAUAGCGACCGUCCUCGCAAAGAUAAGUAUUCAAGGAUGUGCCACUUUUUUAUAUUAAGUAUUUUUCAACUAAAUAAUACAUGUAUGCUAACUGCUGGUUUGAGUAGCUAGUAUCAUGUUGCUUGAAUUGCUACAAGGAGCAGACGCUGGGUGGUUGCUUUUAAUACAAGAUUCCUGCUGUUGUUCAGGCCGACCGCUUCUAUGGAGCUUCAUCAAGUCUGCGUCGAUCAGGGAGCAAGUGGUGCACGUCCUCAGCUUUGAGGUCAGUGAAGAUGACAUGAAAAAGCGCUUGACAGGUUCAGCCAUGGAAAGGAUCCACUUCCAUGAUGCUUACAGUGACCCCCUUGGUUGGAGCGGCGGCGGUGGCGGCACUUUCACGGUGGAUCGCUUCUGUUCAGAGGAAGUGACGCGUCUCGUCAAACAGCUGUCACAACAUAGGCCAGCCCUACUCGUCAUUGACUCUCUUUCAUGGAUUGUGAGGCAUCACAGCACGCCUGCCGUCUGCCAGACCCUGCUGCAGCUUCAAAAAGGGGGAGCCAUACGAAACAUUGUCGCCCUCCUCCAUUCUGACAUGCACCAGUUGGGAACAGCUGCCAGUUUGUGUCACUUGGCGACGUCUCUGAUCACCGUGGCCCCUGGCCUUCACGGAAGUGAGGCGAAGAUAACGAAGCGAUUGAAAUCGGGGAAGGUUUUGCAGGACGAGGAGACUUUUGCCAUUGCAGAGGAUCUUACAGUGGUCAAACAGAGCAAACCUGGCAAUGCCAUGCAGAUGCAGAAACAGGAGACUGACCCAACAGCCAACCUGACCUUCAACCUCCGCCUAUCAGAUGCAGAGCGUGACGCUAAGGAGAAGCUGGCACUUCCGUUCGCCUUCAGUCGGGAGAAGAAAGCAGCGCUGCUAAAGCCGGGUGCCGGAGCGGGGAGAAUUACAUACGAGCCCGACGCUAACGAUGACUAUGACCAGGAAGAUCCUGAUGAUGAUCUUGACGUGUGAUCAGCUUUUCUUUUGAAAUAAAAAAAACUAUGCAUAA